GCUCGUCACGUCAUAGUUGUAUUGCAUCAAUUAAUUUCGAACCACAAGGCGAGUAACAUAUAGCAGCGUACUGCAUAUUUACCUGCUAGCUGCUUAAAAUAGCAAAUCGGAUAUUUUGUUAAAACGCAUUUAGUUGCCUACGUUGUUUGCAAAAUGAGGAACAAAGCAAGUAUAACAGGCGUGUUCAUGUUACUGUACAUUUCUUCAUGCGUCGCACCUAACACAAGUGCGGCCAUCACUACAACGGCCACCACGUUUGAAACAACUUUAGCUAUUAUGGAGAAUCAGUGUCUUAAUGGUGGAACUUGUCUCAAUUCAACGCUUGGUACGUGCAGUAGGUGCGGGUGCAUUCUAGGUUACGGAGGUUCAACUUGCGCCACACUGCUAGUACGUAUAGAUGGGACAUUGAGUUUCAACGACCUUUUUAACGUUUCAACCAUCGUAGUGAACACUACGGCAUUACAACGUUUGUUAAACGACGAUUUAAACACCACCGUCAUUCUGACAUCACCAGUAGUUAAUGGCAACCUUACAACAAUAUCUUACACAACUUAUGCGAACCCUAACUCGUCAUGGGUUACCCCAAAUUACGUGAACGAUUUGGUCGCAGGAUUACGUUUAAAAUAUGCAACGCCAGCCGUUAUACACGCUGUGUUUGGACCAAGCUCAAGACAUGCAUUAAACACAUUCAUAAUAGAUGUUGACGAAUGCAAAUCUGGUUUAAACAACUGCAACUCACUUUCCACAUGCGUGAAUUUAUCACCAGGUUUUAGAUGCAAAUGUUUUACUGGUUAUGUCGGUGAUGGAAUGACAUGUACAGCAAUAACAUGCAAGCAAUCUGCCGCACCCAUUAAACCAAGUUUAGCAACGAAGACGGUUUACUAUCCAAAUAAUACUGUGAUGCUAAAUCCUUCGGAAAUCGUGGGUUACCAAACCGUAAUACGCUAUACAUGCUCAAAACGCUACAGCCUUCAUCCGGUUUCUGGUGGAACAUCGGCACUUAUUAUCGCCUGUGGCAGUUUUCCCAAGUAUAAAAACACGAACUGGUCCGGCGUGGAGGUCACGUGCAACAUGGAUCUUGCUUUUCGAGUCGCAAUUAUCGCUGCUGCAGUUAGCGGAUUGAUCAUCGUUCUUAUGCUGGGGUGUUUUAUAACCCAAUGGUGCCUCAAACGAGAACGGAAAGCGAGAGGGAACAGCAACAACGACGAAGAAGUAUUACAGUUUGAAAAUCACGUAUUUGACGACUGAAAGCUCUGUGUGUUAUCAAGGCCAUAUGGUUGGUUUAAAACAGUUUACCAAAGUAUAUUGAGUAGUAAGCAGUUUGUGAAGAUCCAAGCCAACACAUAUACAGAACGAAUCGCCAAACGCGAUAAAUGAUGGGACAGAACUGGCCCAAUAUACCUACUCCCUUGUCCUAUUUAAAGUUACGUACAAAAGCCCACUUUCAAAGUUGGGUGCAAAAGUAGACAAAUCACUGUUUUAAUCGCACAAACAAGUCAGUACUUAGGUUUCUUGUUUCCGUCUCACGAGCGGAGAACUUACGUAUAGUGUGGUGUUCAACAUUGCCAAUACCCUGAACAAGGAAUGAAAACCCAAAGGAAUUAACGCACACUGUUUUAUAUGAAUACGUAACUUAAUAUCUCUAUAUUUAAUGUUUUUAGAUAUGUUAACUUUUUUAUGUGAGACUUUUUAAUAUUUCACAAUGUUCAACGUCUUAUUUUUUUACAAAUGCACUUCUUAUCAAAAACAGUAGAAGAUUACACAUGUGUUAAGUUUAAGCUCACUUUAUUUUGACCAUGUAUGACGAUAUCACUAAAUAAAACAACACAGUACAAAGUUU